AUGGCCGAAAUCCAAGUAGUCUCCACAACCUUGGUGCAAGCUCGAAGCCACCCUGGCUGCCUCAUUUCAAAAAUGGACUUAACUCCAUGGGAUCUCCAACUUCUUCAAAUCGAAACCAUUCAAAAAGGACUUCUCUUUCACAACCCUAAAGCCAACAAAGACACUUGUAUCCAACACCUAAAAGACUCACUUUCUUCUACUCUAGACUUGCUCUUUCCCCUUGCUGGACGUUUCGCCUUCUCUGAACACGACCAUAAUACAAUCUCUGCCUCUAUUUCUUGUAACAACGAAGGUGCUUUAUUUGUCCAUGCCAUAGCUAAGAGCAUUUCUCUUUCAGAUAUUCUCGAACCCAUUUAUGUUCCUCGUUUCGUUCACUCGUUUUUUCCACUGAACGGAGUCAAAAAUCAUGAAGGUAAUUCGAAGCCAUUGUUAGCUGUGCAAGUUACGGAGCUAGUAGACGGCGUCUUCAUCGGUUGUUCAAUCAACCAUUCUGUUGUGGACGGCAGAUCGUUUUGGCAUUUCUUCAAUUCUUGGGCUGAAAUCUCUCGAGGUUUGGACAACGUAUCCAAGCUUCCUGUUCUUGAACGCUGGUUUCCGGAUGGGAUUGGGCGUCCCAUUCGCUUUCCUUUUACUGAGGAAGAUCAAAACUCUGAUGGGUUGAUUCUGCCGUCGCCGCCGCCAGAGAGAGUUUUUCACUUUGCAAAAGAAAAGAUCGCUCAUCUGAAAGCAAAAGCAAACGCGGAGGUUAACACCAACAAAAUAUCAUCUCUACAAGCACUUCUAACUCAUGUUUGGCGAUCUAUCAUUCGAAACCAAGGUCUCGAUGCGAAUGAGGAAGUCAAUUUUGUGUUGCUAAUAGGUGCUAGACCAAGAAUAUUGGAUCCACCAUUAUCGCAAAGUUAUUUUGGAAAUGCUGUGCAUAUCGGUUAAAUAAAAUGACCAAGAAAGCAGGGGAAUUGCUUGAGGAAGGGCAUGGGGAUACAGCUUUCUCAAAGCCCAGAAAUUGUUCAUUCCCAAAGCUGUAUCCCCAUGUGUAAGGGUUUCUAUGAGUCUUGGGUGAAAAACCCAGAGCUGUUUAGAUUAAGUGGGAUGAAAAGUAAUACAAUUGGCACAAGCAGUUCUCCGAGGUUCGACAUUUACGGAAAUGACUUUGGCUGGGGCAAGCCGGUGGCAGUUCGGAGUGGUUCUGCAAAUAAAGCUAACGGAAAGCUUACUGUUUUUGCUGGAGCAGAAGAAGGUAGUAUUGACAUUGAACUUUGCUUCCGUUUUGAGAUCUUAGAAGCUUUGGCAAAUGACCCUAAGUUCAUGGAUUUUUUUGCGAAAAGUAGUGUCUUCAAGGUGGUCAGGCUAAGACCUCUAAUAAGUUCAGUUUGA